UUGACAAAUGGCCGCUCGUUCUCUCUAUAAAAGUUAGUUAUUGCUGCCCGGCGCACGGAUACGGUUGUAGAAUAAUCCACCUUAAACCCAUAUUUUAUAAACACAAGUUUUGUGUAGGGAGGUUAAACUGACGCUUCGAGCUGUGACGUGUCAGUUACCAAUUGGUGGGCGGGGCUUAGCGGAGAGGAAUGUAAACAGCUAGCAUGCCUGCUCAGCAGCUACCAUCAGCGCACAUCACCGAGGCGCAGUCGAUGCUGAAAAGGUCUGUCUGCUGACUGAAGACUCAGAAAAUCCUCCCUUCCUUUUCUGACCCCGGAACGACAACUAAGAGGACAGUCAUUCUUUCAGUUCUCCAGUGUUCAUUCUUCAAGUCAAGAUGAGAGCCUGACUGGCACCUGGAACUCUGUAGAUGUUUAUUUACAGAAACAAAGGCAGAAAAAUGCAGUUUUUUUCUGGGAGUUUCAGCAGAAUUUGGUCACAUUGAGAUGUUCUUCACAACCCACAGAGCCGCAUCUUCCACUUAAACCACUCUGAAGAUAGAUGUGCUGAUCUCAUGAGCCAUAAAUUCAUUUCUCCUUUAAAACCUGGAAAGUGAAAGCCCGAGUCUGUCUGCAUCCAGUUUCAUCGGUUUGGCUGAUUAUGGCAGAAUCCAGCGCUCCGCCAGCCGCUCCGCCAGCCGCUCCAGACAGCCUGCUGAUUGGACGCAGCAAAGAGGAGCCGAGUCUGAACACGGAGAGCCGCUCCAAAGAAACGAACGACUCUGUUUUUACCAAUAAGUCCGACUGGGAGGCGAAAGUCCAAAACGUCAGCAGUAAAGAACCGGAGGAGGAUGACGAGGCCACGCCCACUCCACCCGAAUCAUCGCCUAGUCUGUCGGAAAACGAGACGAUGACCAUCGCUACGACGGAGGACGAAACUCUGUCGGUCCAGCUCAGACACAUAAAGACUGAAGGGGGAGCAGGAAGAGGAGCAGAGCCAGCUCCAGACCCGGACCUGGAGGAAAGUUCAUCUGGGAUGACGGCGGCGGACUCCGACGAGCAGCGGGAAUCCUCCGACUCGGCGUCCUUCUCCAUUCCCAGCCUGGACCUCUCCGACGGCGUCACGACCACGGGAAACUCUCUGGACAUCGAGGACGGCUUGUCAUCCACCUGCUUCGCUCCGGGCGCCGAAGGCGGCUCUCCGUCCGCCGAGGCUCCCAGUCUGAAAGCGGACGAGGCGCUGGAAGCGGCAGGGGGAGCUGUUGCCGCCGCCGCUGCAGCUCCUGCUGUAGCCGCAGUAGCUCCUGCAGAGCCAGGACCUGCCAUGCCGGCUUAUUACCUGGUGAAGUGGAUCACCUGGAAGGAGAAGAAGACUCCCAUCGUUACUCAGAGCGAGAACGGACCCUGCCCCCUGCUGGCCAUCAUGAACACGCUCUUCCUGCGCUGGAAGGCCAAACUUCCUGCUCAGACGGAAGUGGUCACCACUGAGGAGCUGAUGGCUCACCUGGGAGAGUGUGUUUUAUCAGUCACACCCAGAGAGAAGACGAACGCCAUGGAGCUCAACUUCCAGCAGAACAUGAGCGACGCCAUGGCGGUUCUUCCGAAGCUGUCCACGGGUCUGGACGUCAAUGUUCGCUUCACGGGAGUCACGGACUUUGAAUACACGCCGGAGUGCAUCGUAUUCGACCUGCUGAACAUCCCGCUGUACCACGGCUGGCUGGUGGACCCGCAGAGUCCAGAGUCUGUGGCUGCUGUGGGGAAGCUGAGCUACAACCAGCUGGUGGAGAAAAUUAUUGACUGCAAGCACUCUGCAGACAGCAGCAGAGUCAGCGAAGGUCUGGUGGCAGAGCAGUUUCUGGAGUCGACGGCCACCCAGCUGUCGUACCACGGCCUCUGUGAGCUCAACACCACGGCGAAAGAGGGAGAGAUCUCCGUUUUCUUCAGGAACAACCACUUCAGCACCAUGAUCAAACACAAGGGCCACCUGUACCUGCUGGUGACGGAUCAGGGCUUCCUGCAGGAGGAGAGCAUGGUCUGGGAAUCUCUCCAUAACGUCGAAGGAGACGGAAACUUCUGCAACUCGGACUUCAGGCUGAGCCACGCGCCGGAGCGUUCGCCGGCCGCCGCCCACCUGCCGGCCGGCAGCCAGGAGCAGCAGAGGCAGAUCGACCAGGACUACCUGGUUGCGGUUUCCCUGCAGCAGCAGGAAGGCGCUCCUGGACCUCUCAGUGACUUGGAGUUGGCCCGGCAGCUGCAGCAGGAGGAGUACCAGCAGCAGCAGCAAUUGCAGCAGCAGCAGCAACAGCAGCAACAGGCGGGGCCAGCACAGACGCCGCAGCAGGUCAGAGGUCAGGGGUUGCAGCAGGCCAGAAGAAGAGAGAAGGAGUCGGACUGCGUCCUCCUAUAAUCGCUUCCUGUUUAGGGCCUGCGGCCUCUCGGAGUCUCGCGUGUCUCACACACUGAGUUAGCUGGACGCCAAACAUGGCUGCCAGCGGGUCUGUGUCCUCCAGUCGGGAAAACGUAAACAAAGGGAGUCCGUUGGACCGGAAGGGUCCAGCUGAAGAACGGACCCGCCUCCAUGAAGGGCUCACCGCAGUAACCGAGGUUUUACCUAUAAACUGUCUAACUGCUGCUUUACGGUCGGUUUUAUUCAUUAAUGAGAAACUGUUGCCAAUAUUUUAAGCCUUCGGUCAGAUAUUUAAUUACUUUUGACAGCGAUUGAAGCCGCACAUUUUUAUUUUAUCGUUCAGACACAUUUUCUAACAGUUUGGAGGUCAGUGGUUGGUUUAUUUGUCAAAAACCUCCCCCACUUAUUCCCAUAAAAGUAUUCAGAGCUCUAACGUUUUCACAUUUUGGCACUUUAAAAACAGAAUUUCUCAAUUUUAUUGGGAUUUUAUGCGAUAGACAAAUGUUCAAAAUUAUAGUGAAAGUGAAAUAGUAUCUUUUGCCAGUUUGUCUUUACAAAGAAGCUCAAACUCAUUUAGACUGAAAAACUGAUGUUCAAAGUCAUUCUAAAUGAAGUGUUGACACAGUUGUACUUUGACUAGGCCAUCCUAACACAAUGAUAUUCUUUGAUCUAAACUCCCCUAGCUGCAUGCAAAAUCUUGCCAAGUAUUUUUGGUCUAAAUUCAAGUGUGAAUGUCUUAUAGUACACUUAAAAUAAAAUAAAAAAAACUAACUUAAAAGUAUUUUUUUCAACAAGAUAUAGCAGCUUAUUUCAAGUCCAUAAUUCAUUGGUAUUGAUAAGAAAAACUACUAGUUCCACCGUCGGGUUAUUUUGCUGUAAACAUUUUUACCAUUUUAUAAGCAAAUUCACGCUGCUUUGUGUUGGUCUGUUGCAUAAAAUCCCAUUGAUUCACUGCAAAAACACAAAAUCUUACCAAAACCUUUCUGUCUAAUUUCAUGUGUAAAUAUCUCAGUAAACUUUAAAUAUGACAAAAUUAACUUGCAUGCAACUGUUCAGCAAGAUGUUGGUCAUAACGUUGACUUUUUUUUUAAAGAAGCGCCAGAUACACUGGCAAAUUAUUUCACUUAUAACAAGACCUUUUUCUCAUUUUACUUUUUAAAAUCAAUAUUAAACAAACUCCUACCUCUUGCAGAAAAGUUACUUGUAUGUUGGUUUUGUCUUAUUUCAACUUGGUCUACGAACUUGACCAAACGUAAAUUUUAAGAUUUUAUGUUUUUGCAGUGCAUACAGUAAAGUUUGUGGUUUUAAGUUGUUAAAAUGAACAAAACCUCAAGGUGUAUCACUAUAUUUCCACUGGAAUAAUUAACUUGCUUCAGUUUUCUAAACGUUGAUAGAAACUUACCAAAGAAGUUGUGAAUCUUGGACCUUUUCUGUGUGAAUAAUGUUAAACGCCUCUGAUAUGUUGGGUGGGAAUCGCUAAAGCUAACUCUGCUCAGCAGCGCCCCCUGCUGCACAAAAAAGGUCAUGAACUGUUUAAUUACGAGCUCCAGAAUGCGAAGCUGGUCUCGCUUAAUAGAACUCGACUGAAAACAUUGCGCCGGGCUUCAUUUCCCGCUCCGUUUGGUUCCUGAAAGCAUCGGAAGCAAAGCUGGGGUUCUGAAGCAGGAGGUCUCACUCCGACUCCUUUUAUUCCGUUUAAAUGUCAGAAACUCUUAACACUGCAAAAACACAAAAUCUCACCAAGUAUUUCUGGCCUGGUUUUUAGAGCAAAUAAUAAUUCCUUAAUAUUGUUAAAAAAAAAUUAAAAAAAAUAAUUUUUCACUUAUUUUAUAGCUGGUGUUACCUAGCAACACCAGCCAAGACCAGCUCGUUGCCUAGCAACCAGCUCGAGUUUCACUUACAAAAUGGGAAAAACUUUUUUUGCAAACAUUUUAUUUCAGAAAUAUAAAGAUAUUUGCGCUAGAAACCAGGGCAAGAUUUUGUUUUUGAAGUGACUUUAGUGUCAGUUAAAAAAGCUGUAAAGUUCACAAAUUUAAUCUUUUUCACUGCAAAAAAGCAAAAUCUUACCAAGUGUUUUCAGUCCAGCUUUUAGUUCAAAUGUCUUAGUUUUGUCUUAUUUUAAGUCAACCAACUUACAAGUAGCAUUUUUGGCAAGAUAGUAGCUUGUUUAAGUCAAUAAUUCCUUCGUAUUUAUUAAAACGUGUUGGUUAAACUGGCAGAUUAUUAGACUUAUAACACAAUUUUCCCCUAUAAGUGGAAUAAUUUACAUGAAACAAGCCUUGCUGAAAAAUUUAUUGUAAGUUGUUUUUUUCUUAUCUCAAGUGUACUAAGAUAUUUUCAAUGAAAGCUAGACUAAAAAUACUGUUUUUGAUUUUGUUUUUGCAGUGAAAAUUCUCACUUUAGUGUCAUAAAUGAGAAAGAAAUCCUGUUCAAUCCACAGUCGUGACGUUUUUCUGUUUGUUUUGUUGCCAAACUCCAGAUUCCUGCGGCUCUGAUUCCAGCUGGAAGCCCAAAGAUUUUAUCUUAGAUGUGGAGAAUCGUAUAAAAGACCGAAGGAGAUUUUAUAGAAACUGAAAAUUUACUUGUUGUUUGGUAAAUCUGGUCCAAACCGGUGGAUGUCAGAUGAUCUCUGAUUUCGUUCUUUGCACUAAAAAAAUUGUUUCCGUUACAAAACCUGCUCUGGGAAAAGAAACCAUCCGUUAAUCGCUUGUUGAUGCUCUAAUCUCUGGAAACCAGUUUUCUUCCUUCCACUUAACUUUCUGCUUGGAUUCAGAACUUGUCUUGUCAGUUCUGAAUCUUUCGUGGCUUACUUUUCAAAACUGUCUCGGCCUCCAAACAUACCAAUUUGAUAUCUAAAAAUUAGAUUUUAUUUAUCUUGAGGAUAUAGUAUUAAUGAAUCAGUCUGUAAAUAAUGUGUCUAUAAAUAAGUUUUGCUUUUCCAGCUGAAUUAUUGAGUCUUAGACGACGUUCAGCCUUAUUUAUGUCAGUAAACAUAAUUAUAACUAAUCAGAGUAAAGCAAUAAGAAGUCUGAAAUCUAAAAGAUGUGAUUUCCACACUGGGUCAAAGGAUUUAACUUCAAUUUGAGUCUUCCUGUGUUUGCUGAAGUGAAGAAUAAUGAACUGAGGUGAUUCUGUGGGUUCUGCUGAAAUCUGGAGAACAUUUCCCAGAGAUGAUUUAAACCUUAAUUUACUCUGAUGUUAUAUUUUUGUUUGAACCGUAGCGACAUCAUGAAGCCUUUAUCCACUCUGUUCCUGCUGCACAAACACAAAUUCCUACUUUUGUAUUUUGGUUCAGUUUCUGGUGCAAAUAUCUUAGUAUUCUUGAAAUAAGACAAAAUGAACUUAUAAAAACCUUUCAGCAAGAAAUAGGAGCUUGUUAGGUAACGCAACAAUGCAACCAUCUGCCAGUCAACACUUUUUAUUUAGAUAAAACAAACUUCUAUGUGCUGCUGAAAAGUUACCUGUUGUUUUAUUUCAGAUGUACUAAAGUAUUAGAACUGUAAAUUCAACCAGAAAUACUUGGUAGUAUUUUGGUUUUUGCGACUGUUUAAAGAGAGAAAUAUUUAAUAUGGUGUCGUGUUUCCAAGCUGCGAAAUGAAAGGUGGAGUAAAGUCCCGAUGAAACCGUCUGAGCUCCGUUGUUUCUGUGCUCUGUUGCAGUUUCCCGUUAAAAAGCUCUAAAUAUCUUCUCCGUUAAGGUUUUCGAGGAAUCCGGUUGUUUUUGUUGUGGUUUCAGAACCGGGCGGCCCAAAUCAAAGUGCCAUGUUUGUUUUGGUGGCUUCUGGGAACCAGUCUGUGCUUUCCUGUCUGUAUGUCUCUCAUGAUAUUUUAACCGCCGUCACUUCGGGAACGGUCUGUGUAAUUUGCCAUUUUGUCAAACUGUCAAUAAAAUCUGAAUCGGUGUAAAAGUGCA